GUCAUGAGUGCUUCUGGAAACGGCAUCAGGACAAAGUCUGUCUUUCCAUUAGAGAAGAGCUAUUUAUAUUUCAAUUUCAAGUGCAUGACUUUAUUGGGUCUGUGGAAUCCGUAUGAAAAUGGCUUCAAGCAUUGGCUUUAUCUUAUUUACACGAUAUGGAUCUUGGGUGUGAUUGUUAUCAUGAGAACAAUAAGCACGUUCGUACGAACACUCACGGCUGAUACUCUCAUUGCAUUUAAUCGAGAAAGCUCCGUAUUUGCUGCGGAAAUUGCCCAGAUUAUCAAAUGUACAGCUUUCUUACUUCAUCGAGCUGAAAUUUCGGAGUUGUCUAAUCUAUUCAAUUGGGAAAGACGCGCGUUGAGUGGAGAAGAACUCAGAAAUUGGCGAGAUGAAGUACUUUCGAACUCUUUGAUUGUGUCGAAAACCUUUACGAUAGUUAUUAUUAUAUCUGCAAUCCAAUAUUUUGUAUUUUAUUUUUAUUCUGCUUUCGUGCAAUCUGAUUAUCAGGUGGAGAAACUGCCGAUGGGAUCAGUACCGACGAAAUACUUGAUAGCAUCGAGGGAAUUCUGGUUUGUCUUCGUUGUUGAUUAUUUAUUAGGUACUCUCCAGGGAAUUAUCGCUCUCUCUCAAGACGCCUUUCUGAUGACUGUCAUGAUAAAUAUAGCGGCGCAAUUGAAAAUACUUAAUUUUCGAGUUGAGCGGUGUCACGUGGCACAUCCAGUUAUAGAAAUAAAAUUUAAUCAUAAAAAUUUACGGAUUCACUUUGAAAGCAUUCAGGAUGAUAACUCACCGCUGGUCGAUCCAACGCAGAAACUCAUUAAUUGCAUCAAAUUUCAUCAACAGAUUUUAAAGAUGUUAAUUUUAUUUAAAGUGAUUUACAAUAAGAUACUUCUACCGCAAGUUCUGAUAAGUCUGAGUAUGAUUGUACUUCAGUUGCAGUUGAUAAUGGGCAAACAAAUGGAUGGAUCUGAUGCACUUGUCGCAUAUCUUUUUUUGUUUGGAGUUAUUGUGCAGCUGCUCGCUUAUUGCUGGGGUGGUAAUUUAAUUCUUGUCGAGAGUGAGAAAACAAGUGAUGCGAUUUAUGCAUCGCACUGGUACAACCAGAAUAAAAUAUUUCGGAAUAAUCUGAAGAUAUUUCUUACGGCUACUAAGAAUCCACUUGUUGUCACUGCUGGUGAUUUGAUUGCAUUGACAGCUGAGACGUUUAAAAAUAUUCUCUCCAAAGGAUAUUCCGGUGCUGCUUUAUUGAAAAAUUUUGAAUGAAUUUAAAAGAAAAUCGACUAUGAAAGGCCCUGGAAUAAAAAACAGUCUUCUAAUGAUGUUUAGAAACACAUAUGUCAAUUAAUCUGUACGACAUUCUUCUGAGCAAUUACAUGAUCACUAAAUGUGAAUAGAGGUGGCACAUGAGUUCAUUUAAUUUAUUACCAAUCAAUUAUGACCAAAAGUUCUUUUCGGGUUAAUUUUGCAAUAAUAAUAUUAGAGAUAUAUUAGGUGAUAAUG